AUGACGACUGAGAAAUUCCAAGCUUGCUUGCACUCUAUAUCUAACUGCAUGCUAAUGAACAAACUCAAACUCAAUGAUGAUAAAUCUGAACUGUUAGUUUUAAGAGCAAGUCAUCGUCCUAGUCAUCAGUUAGGCUACCUUCUAAUGGGUGAUGAAUACAUCAAGCCAUCUUCUAAUGCUAAGAACAUUGGUGUUGUUCUUGACGAUACCAUGUCAAUGGACAGCCAAAUGAUGGCUGUAUGUAAGUUAUGUUUCUAUCACAUUAGAUGUGUUUCUCGUAUUAGGCGGUACUUGAGCCUUGAAGACACUAAACAACUUGUUCAGGCUUUUGUAAUUUCUAGGAUUGACUAUUGUAAUUCUCUGUUAUUUGGCUUGCCUAAUAAUCUUCUAGAUAGAUUGCAGCAUGUUCUUCAUUCUGCUGCUAGACUUAUUACUUUGACUAAAAAAUAUGAUCAUAUUACUCCAUCUUUACUUGAAUUACAUUGA